UUGUUGCGUUGUAUACAAGGUGGAGCGUGGAGAGAGCGUGCGUGGAGAUCGAUGCUAUUUCAGGCAUGCUGAUGUGUGUAUUUGUUAAUAGAAAGAGUGACUCCUUCCAAGAAUUCAUGUAGAUAUUCAGUAUGUGGUUGGCAACAUUUCUGAUGAUUCAGGGCUUUAGAACGAUACAGUCUGCGUUUCUAUGGAUAGAUAUGAAGGGGUGUACAAAACUUCAGGCUCAUUUUUAACAUGAAGCUGCAACAAGAGCAGAAAGCAGAGCUAAAAUCAACAAAGACGUCGGCAACGUUUGUUACCCUUGCUGGUUUGGCAGUAGCAGCUCUGUCUUUCUGAGGAUGUUUUUGGCAUGAAAUCAGACCACCUACGUCUGUUCUUCAUCACUUCCUCUUCCUCCUUCAUCACCCUUCUCCUAUCUCUGGCCAGGGACUCUCACCUCAGCUCCACCGCAUUGAUGAGGUAACGUCAAGCGGCACCCACCUGCACAGACACCUUUUUCACUUCUCCCUUUUCCUCCCCCGACCCUGCCCUUCACAGCCAUGGGACAGAAGAUCUCCAGCGGGAUUAAAUCAGUGGACAGUCGUGGGGAAACCGGUGGCUCCCCGUCGUAUCGGCCCUUGGCUCACCGGCGGCAGCACCCAGAACUGAGAGACCUGGAUUUCUCCAAACCUCCACGGUUGGAUCUCCUACUGGACAUGCCUUGUGCUGGACUGGAGACUCAGCUCAGACAUGCGUGGAACCCUGAUGAUCGCUCUCUUAAUAUCUUUAUCAAAGAAGAUGAUAAAUUGACAUUUCACCGUCACCCAGUUGCUCAAAGCACGGACUGCAUCAGGGGGCGAGUUGGAUACACACGGGGUCUUCAUGUUUGGAAAAUCCAUUGGCCUUCCCGGCAGCGCGGCACCCAUGCCGUCGUUGGGGUGGCCACUGCAGAAGCUCCUUUACAUUCUGUAGGAUACACGGCUUUAGUGGGUUCAGACUGUGAGUCCUGGGGCUGGGAUCUGGGACGCAACAGGCUCUACCAUGACAGUAAGAACAGAGCGCACAGCUCGCUACCGUCAUAUCCAUGUUUCCUGGAGCCGGAGGAGUCGUUCACCCUGCCGGACUCUCUGUUAGUUAUUCUGGACAUGGACGAGGGAACACUGAGCUUCAUGGUGGACGGGCAGUAUCUUGGAGUUGCUUUUAGAGGACUUAAAGGCAAGAAGCUGUAUCCUGUCGUUAGCGCCGUGUGGGGACAUUGUGAGAUAACCAUGAAGUACAUCAAUGGCCUGGAUCCUGAGCCUCUCCCUCUCAUGGACCUGUGUCGGCGUGCAGCCCGUCUGGCGUUGGGUCGGGAGCGUCUUCAGGAGAUCCAGAGCCUCCCUCUUCCCCAGUCCCUUAAAAAUUACCUCCAAUACCAGUGACUGACACCAGCAGAUCAUACUGGGAACACAAGGACACACAACAGACCACCUGCAAGUCUGAUGAAAAGAAUGAGAUGAAGAAAGCGUAGAGACAGAAUGGAUGCUGGAUGAAAGAAGAAGAGUGCUGUUGCUCUACAACAGAUGAACUAAUGAAAAGAUGGAGAGGAAGAACUGUCGGAGAGGGUCCAGGCUUUCAAAAUAAGAGCAGGACAGCACCAGCUUCUUUUUGAUCUCCAGCUGCUUUUUCUUCAGUUUUGACUUAAAAUAAAUCAUUGAUGCUGGUAUCCUAUCAGUGUCUCACUCAUCCUGAAAGAAAACCCAUCCGGUGAUGGCACAGUGUAGUUAGGAGGUGACAGACAUGGAUGAACAGUGCCACCUGGUGGCGAGAGUAAGAACUGUGGCAAGAAAGCACACUAAAUCCUUCCAUGGAGGCCUUUCUGACACUCAGUCAUAUCAAUGCUGUUGGAUACUUUAGAGUGUAUUCAUGGUCUCCUUUUGGCACAGGUGACAGGCUACAGCAGUAUUUUAGCACUGAUUGUGGUUUUAUCUGGUUGACUGUGGCCUGACUCCCCGCUCACUCCCCGCUCACAUUUCACACAGUAUGAAAACAUGGCUGCAGGGAAACUUCUUUACAAUCUUCAUGCAGUGGUGGUAAAGCCCUUUUCAGACAUGAAAAUGUCAUAUUUUUCAUAUGAACUGAUGAUUCAUGGUGUGUGAGAAGGAGCACAUGUCCCAGUAAAAGUGACGACAGUUUGAUGAAGUCAGAAACAUUUGUUAGCUAUGUAUCAUAAAAGGCCUUUAAAGUCUCAAUCACUUAACCAAUGCCAUUAGGCAUAGACCUCAACAUCACUCUCCAUUCAUCAGUUUCAGCAUUAAAUACUUGUUUUUUUCUUGGUUAUCUAUUAUUUUAGUGCCAUGUGUUUAAGACUAAUGUCCAACAAUGAAUGAGUGCAGGAUUAUAAUAUGUCUGAUGUAAAUGCUGCUGGUUAGACAUCUUCACAUGAACUAUAAUUAUACCUCACAAUACAAAUCUGGACAUUUUUAACAAUUUGACAUUUAGAUUCUUGUCUAACCAGCAGAGGGCGCUAUCUGCUUUAAAACUUCUCUUCAUGACAGUAGCUGAAGUUGAGUAGAAGGAGCCUCUUUUUUUUCUUAACAAAAUGUGACAUGGUUUUAUAAACUGAAAAAUAUGCCUUUUAAUAAUUAUUGAUUAAAAAAAACAAGGAAAAAAUUUUAAAAAGAAAAAGUAAAUAAAGUAAGAAUAGCUUUUCAUAAAUUGAUUUCACUCCCAUGUCUAUAAAAUCAUAACCUGACAUGCCAGAUGGAUGUGUUUCACACAUCCAUCUGCUAAACCACUGAUACACAGCGUUUGGGAAAGGGCAGAGCCUUUGAAAAAAAGUAGGAGUGUGGUUGGAUGAACAUUCUGUCUGUCACAUCUUUACAGGCCAAUCAGAGCAACAAAACACGUGACGUGGCCGCUAGCAAGGUGAGCCCCUAUUGAAGAGUAAGCUCCAUAGAGAACUGCGUAACGCGAACCAUGGCGACUGUAGACAUGUCAGUACACGACUUAUGUAAUUUUUUAAAAAGAAAACAACUCAGUUCUGUUCUUUGUGUUUUUUUUUAACGA